AAUUAAAUAUUAGGAUUUUUUGAAUAUUUGUGUUUCAUCUUCAUUUUGCAAUUUUGUAUAAAAAUAUGAAAAAUAUUCGCGGAAAAAAUGGACUACUUGUUUGUUGAUUUAUUAACACGAGAGGAGUUGUUGACCAUUUUAGUAGAGCGCCAACUCAACGUACCAAAUAUUCAGCAAAUGUCCCACGAUGAACUAAUGCGUUUAUACAAAAUGUUUGCGCUACCUCUAGCCCGCAGGGAAAGACAUCGUGUCAGGGGUAAAUUGGAAUAUAUUACUUCAAACAGGCAGCAUUUGAAAAAUAAUAGUAUCACUUCAAUGGAAACUGAUGAAUCGGAAAAUACUCAACUAUCGCCGACAUCUAUCGUUUCGACUUCCGAAAAGCCCAGGCUAUGUGGGUACAAACAUCUUAACCCGUUCACUGAUGAAUAUUUGAGUAUAGCAACCAAGCGCAUUAAAAUAGCGUGGUCUUGAAAAAUUUUUAAUUACGAAAUGCCAAAUACAAUUUUUUCAUUUUAUGCUACUAAUUUUCAAAAUGCGACAUCAAGAAAGAUAUAAAUUGAACAUUAAGGUCGUAUAUAAGAAUAUAUAUGUACAUAUGCCAAAUUAUUAUGUUAAAAAAUUGUCCAAACAUAUGGAUAAAUACGAAUUUGUAUGAGUAUAUAGUGAAAUUCCCUAUUACGGAUUGUUCUUAUAACGGACACGGUUAAGGACUCGGCACCAUACAACAAGAACACAAUACAAUGUUCGGACAAGGGAACAAUUAUGGUAGUAUUUCGUUCAGAUUAUCGCUGUAAACGGACAAGAUUUCAUAAAAUGUGUAAGGAAAGUUGCGUACAAUUUGUAAGUCUUAUUAAUUUCAGGAGGGUUUUAAAAAACUAACAAUACGCAAAAAAAAAAAA